AUGGUGUCUUCGCAUAUCCUCCCUCCGUUAUCUUCCCUCCACUACCCGAAAUUCACUUUCAAUUCCACCAGUUCAUCACACACGCUAGCUUUCAACAAUACCUGUUAUAAACCCAUCAUAAAACCCCCCAAAUUUCUAGGCUUUAGUAACCCUCCAAACCAUAGAACUCACUUUCGCAAGCUAACUUGCCAUGGAAUUAAAGACCCGGCUAAGGAAUUGAAGGUGGGUUUGGAUUUAGACGGUGGAGGUGGCGGUGGUGGUGGAGACGGCGGAGGAGACGGAGGAGAUGAGAAUGAAGAGAAGAAAGUUUCUAUUGCGUUUCGAUCGUUUAUAGCUGAGCCCAGAUUCAUUCCUUCAUUAUCUAUGUAUCCCACAUUUGAUGUAGGAGAUAGAAUCGUCGCUGAAAAGGUUAGUUACUAUUUUAGAAAGCCAUGCCCAAAUGAUAUUGUCAUCUUUAAAAGCCCUCCAGUCCUUCAAGAGGUUGGAUAUACGGAUAAUGAUGUGUUCAUUAAACGAGUUGUUGCAAAGGCAGGAGAUUUGGUUGAGGUACACAAUGGGAAGCUAAUAGUAAACGGGGUACCCAGAAAUGAAGACUUCACUCUUGAAGCACCCAAAUAUGAAAUGAAUCAAAUUCGUGUACCAGAGAAUUAUGUUUUUGUGAUGGGUGACAAUCGUAAUAACAGCUAUGAUUCACAUGUGUGGGGACCCCUACCUUCAAAAAACAUAAUUGGGAGAUCAGUAUUGCGGUAUUGGCCGCCAGCGAGGAUAGGCGGCACAAUCCUACCUGGCGGCUGUGCCACUGACAAGCCGGAAAACAUCAUCAGCACUACUAGUUUACAACCACCUCAACAAGAUUCUUCCACUUCUUUAGCAUCUCAAUAGGCAUUUCAUGGUGACUUUUGAUUCUCAACAGCUUCUUCAUCAUGUUUAUUUGCUACAAAUUCGACUAUUUGUUAAAUGUUAAUAUCAUUUUCCUUCAAUCUGAG